CGGCGGAAGCAGGGCGGAGCCUCUUCAAGAGCGGGAGGGGAGGCGGUCCGUUUGAAAACGGCUCUGGAGAAGGACGUUCCAGGAAGAAAGCCAGGAGAUUCAAGGGCUCGUCGUGGUGUGUUUCGGGUCGCACGCUGGUGGGGAGAGCGUUUCGGGCUUGGAUACAGGCCGUGUAGGGGGCGAGGGUGAUUGGAAGGAGCACUUGAUCUUUUAUAAUGGAGUCUGUGGACACUGACUCAAAACAUAGCUACAUUGGAAGCUUUCUCCAGCCUCCAGAUAAUAUAUGCUCUGCAUUUGCUGAUCUCAGGUCAAAGAAGAGACCAGCUAUCCCAACAGACGCUCCUGUACCAAAUAACAAAGCUCUUGUGGCAGCCCUGAAAACGCUUCAGGAAAAAAUCCAUCGUCUUGAACUAGAAAGGUCACAAGCUGAAGAUAACCUGAACUCCCUGUCCAGCGAAGCUGCCCAGUAUAAAAAGGCUUUGCAGCAUGAAUCAAAUGCAAAGGAUGCUACUCACCAAGAACUGCUGCAACAAAGAAAAGAUGUAAGCAUGCAAUUAGAAACAGCACAAUCUCGCUGUUCUUUACUGGAAAAACAACUAGAUUACAUGAGGAAAAUGGUGGUCAGUGCAGAGUUGGAAAAGAAAUUGGUUCUGGAACAACAGACCCAACUUCAGAAGGAAAAGGAGCAGAAUCAUGUGGAGCUAUGUGUAAAACUUGACAAACUUGAAAUUCUGGAAAAAGAAUGUGAGAGACUUACUAUCACCCAGAAGACUGCAGAAGAAAAGAUCAAGUGCCUGGAACAUAAGCUUCAAGAAGAACAGCACCAGCGCAAGCUAAUACAAGACAAAGCUGCACAGCUCCAAACAGGACUUGAGAUGAACAGAAUUCUUCUGUCUUCACUUUCGCCCCCAAAAGAUACAAAGAAGAAAAGUAAGAAAAAAAAAGCUGGAAAGAAAAAUCCAGGUUUGAUAAAAACAUAUGACUCACAGCCAUGCCUUCAGACGGGAAAGCUGCCUUUUGUUGCUGGAAUGUCUGCCAGCUCAAGUCACUCUGUUGUUGCAAAUGUUCAAAGUGUCCUGCAUAUGAUGAAAAACCGUGGUCUUUGUGCAACUGCCCAAUGUCCUGAGGGAGCUGAUAAGAGAAUUUCAAGAAGGACAGGUGCAUGCAGGCCAGUAUCUUCCUCCACAUCAUCUUCAGCUACUGAAAAUCUUUCUGAUCUUCUGUUGAUCAUGCAGAACGAACUGGGACAAAUGAACCUUGAGCAUCAAGAAUUACUAAAGCAAAUAGAAGAAACUGAGAACCAAGAUGUUCAAGAAGAUCUUGAACGUGAACUGGAUUGUCUUGUGAAGCAGAUGGAAAUUAAAGGAGAGCAGAUUUCCAAACUGAGAAAACACCAAGAACAUGUUUAUAAAUUGACGCAAAAGGCUCAAAAACUGAAGAGAAAAGUAGCUAAAACUACAUCAAGGUCGGAAGAAUUAAAAGGAAUUAAAGAACCGACAAUUUCUCCAAAAAGCAGCGUCCAUAGUAUCUGUUCCAUGAGUAGGAGCAAAAAUUCCCUUGAAUUGUUAAAAAGUGCUCAGAAGCUUCAGUCAGUACUGAAGAAAGAUGAUAUUGUGUGGGAAUCAUAGUUUUCAAAGCUGAUUUUGUAGACCACUCGCCAUCAGGAAUUGAUUUUAUAAAUUUGGCCUGGAUCCAGUACUGCUUGCAUCCAUUAAUUCUAAGACAUUAGUUUGGGACUGAUAAAUUGUUUGUUUCUAUGCUGACUUAAGUGUAAUUAUGAUAUUUUAAAUGACAUGUGUACAUCAUUUUAAAUUAAAGAACCAAUUUGUUUA